UACCUGCCUUUCGCUCUUCAGUAGCCUGCCUAUUCCUACACUGACGACACCAUAAAGACCUUGAAGGGCCAUUUCAGAGAAUAUACCCACAAAUGGGCAAUAAGAGUCCUUUAGUGUAAUUCACUGAUCUUUGCCAACCAUCCUCAAUCCUUUGUUGUUUUGCAGCAUCACCAAACAAAAAGGUCUUCCAUCUUUUAGCGUUUUUGAAGGAAAGGUCGAAGAAAAUGGCAGCAAUUCCAUCUACCGGCUCUCUCAUCGCCACCCAUGAUUACUACAGAAGGCGCAUAGGAUCCACCUCUAGCAACAGCUCUUGUGGCAGUUCUGAGUAUGCUGGCGAAGUCAUUCCACACCCCCCAGGUCUGCAGAGACAGGACUCUGGUCACUGGUGGUCUUCUUUCUUCUUUGCAAACAAACAGAACCAGCCUGGCAGCAUGGUUGGAUCUGAACAGAAGAGUGGAACAUACACGGUGAACAACGGUCAAGUGACUUGUAUUGCCAGGGAGAUGGUGUUGAAGAGGCAGCUCAGUGAAAGCAGUGACUCUGGGAAGAUGGAACAUGGGAGCCCACCACCCUCCUAACUCCUUCUCCUCAACACCCAACUCUUCACCACCCCAUGGAGAUGGAGGCAGCGGAGACUACUUUUUUUUACCUUUUAGUGAUGGAGGCUGCUUUUCCUCCCUCUUUGUUUAUAAAUAAUAUAUUCUAUCUUUUUAUAAGUAAAGACUAAAAAAGCCAAAGUUUUUUCCCCCAAAUGUCUGUCUGAUAUCAUGCUUUUUGCUGUUAAAUAAAUCAAAGUAUUUAAUACAUUUUUCUUGAAUUGUA